AUUUGCAAUCCGGAAAUAUCCGAGCUAUUACCAAUGGUUAUCUUGCAAUAAAUCAUGAACCAAUGUCUGGUUUAACCUGUAAAGUCUAUGCUACUAUGAGUACUUCAUUUACACUUUUUCAUAGGCUAAUUAUCGCUAUAUGUAGACAAAAAAUUUGUAACACUGGUAGAUAUGAUUGGAAAUUAUUUUUACCUGUGGCUAUUAUAUCUUUAAUUAUUGGAGUCAUGGCUUUCGAUACUUAUGGUCCCGUUAUAUAUUGGUGUGCCGCAAAACCAGAUACAGUAGCCAUUCCGAUAUCUUCUAUUUUUAUGACUCUCCUUGUACUUUCUAUAUGCAUGUUCUGUUAUAUACAAACUAUUCAAGCUAUACGUGCUAUUAAAAGACAACAAUCCUUA